AUGGAUCCCCCAGCUGCUCAGCCUGGACAGGAAGGUCAAGGAGGGCCUCGACCUUCCAACAAGCGUCUUCAACAGACUCAAGCGCAAGUCGAUGAGGUCGUUGGCAUCAUGAAGGUAAAGGGUUAUUCGUUUUGUUGUUGGUUUAGGUAACAGUCGGCAAAGUUUGAAAAAUUAUCAAUAAUUGAACUGAUUGCGUAACUUCCACGUGGGAGAUGUGAAUUCUUGUUAAUUCUCCGUUUUCCUGGUUUUGAGGUGUUUAUGGCUGUUUCACGCCUUUGUUAUGAAACAUUAAAACUGAUUCCUUGCAAUCGUGACUCAUCUUUGAAUACAACGAAAAGUUUAAUACAGUUUAGGAUCAAGCUAUAAAUUUUUUUAAAAUACGUUAAUUAACGAUUAAAUAUUCAGGUAAAUGUGGAGAAGGUUCUCGAGCGUGAUCAGAAGUUGUCCCAGCUUGACGAUCGUGCCGAUGCCCUUCAAGAAGGCGCCUCUCAGUUUGAGAAGUCGGCCGCCACGUUGAAACGCAAGUACUGGUGGAAGAACAUCAAGAUGAUCAUCAUCAUGUGCACCAUCGUCGUUCUUCUCGUCAUCAUCAUUGUGAUCUGGGCAGGUGGCAACAAAUAA